CAGCCGUGUCAUCCGCAGCACCCUGCCAUGAUGCGGCUGUAUGAGGUCCAGAGGGAGGUGGCCUCGCUGGGGCCUCAGGUCUGCACCUUCAGCGGUCUGCAGAACGACCGCGACUACAAGCGCCUGGAGCGCGAGCUGACGCAGCUGCUGCUGGAGGUGGACCAGGUGGACACGGAGGGCAAACCGGAGCUGCAGGGAGCACGAAAGAGAGCAGCACAGGAAGUGGAGGGCCUCCUGCGGUACCUGGAGGAGAACGCCACUCAUCCAUCCCGUCUGGCCAUCGAGGAGCUCAGUGACAAGGCGCGGCAGCUAGUGGAUGGGCGUGUGGUGGCACCGCAACGUGCCGGUGGGGUAGCUGAAAUAAAUGACGAGCUGGUGGAUGCACUGCAGGAGCUCGUGCUGAGGCUCACCCAGAUCAAGACUGAAGGGAGGGUGCCGCUCCGCAAAGCCCGCUACCGGGCGCUGACACGUCUGUGUGCCGUCCAGGAUGUGAUCGAAGGGCGCACACAGCAGCAGACCCUCUCCCUGCCGCUCUCUGGUGACACCCAUGAGGCGGUGCACUGCAUCAACCAGGUGAUGGUGAAGGUGAGCGUGGCUCGCAGUCAGCUGGUGGCUCUGCUCAUGGGCCUGAGUGGGAGGGACAGCUGCGCCCACCUGUCACGAAUCCUGACCGAAAUGCAGGUAGAGCUGGAUGCGCUGGAUGUUUCUGGGAAUGCAGCAAUCAGAAAUUACAGGAAACAGGUUGUGGAGGAGAUAAACGGGUUGCUGAAACAUCUGGACCUGGAGGGGGAGGGAGACGACACACGCAGGUAUGACUUGGCACAGAACAACUCUAUCCGUGAGAUCGAGGCCGUGCGAGCUCAUGUCUCCCACCUGCGAGAGGGCGUCCUUCGACACUGUGUGGUGGGAGAUCUCAGCUUCAGACCCAAAGCCGAGCUGCAGAGUCUUCUCACUCACCUGGACCAGGUAGACACAGCCAAGAACCCGUGCAUAAGAGAGGCCCGUCGCCGCGCUGUGGUGGAGGUCCAGGCCAUCAUCACCUUCUUGGAUCUCCGCGAGGCCCUGGUUUGCCGCCAGCCGGGUCCCAACGAGCACCCGUCACACCGAGCCGUGUGGUUCGUUCUGGGGAGCCUCUCGGACCUGCAGGCCCAGGUGCUGGGCUUCGAUGGCAAGCGGGCCGAUAAGAGCUACAUGAUCCUGGAGGAGCUGCUGACCAAACAGCUGCUGACGCUGGACGCCGUUGACCCACAGGGCGACGAGACGACCAAGGUGGCUCGGAAGCAGGCGGUGAAGUUUGCCCAGAACAUUCUCAACUACCUGGACAUGAAGACAGACGAGUGGGAGUAUUAAUUAAAUAAAUGCAUCAUGGGAUGUCACUGCAGGAACGAAAGGAGCUGACAAUGUGUAAAAAAAACAAAAAAAAACAAAAACAAAAAAAAAACUUGUGCAUUAUCAUUCCAUGGGCUGUAUAUAUUGACUCAAAUCCCCAGAAUGCACUGCAGCAGCACUUCUCUCUGAUCUCCUUGUGGUAGUGGUGGCAGACCCUGCUGAGAAGUCGAAAAACACCAAACUCCUUUUUAGAAACACUAUUUGUUUUUGCUCUUUUUAAAACCUCCCACGUCAGUACGUGAGUUGUCACCGGUGUGUGUGUGCGUGUGUGUGUGUGGUUGUUGAAACCUGCUGCCAAAGCACUAAAUAAUGUCGUUACAGUGGUCGUAUCCUUCAGACUGCACCUGAUACUGAUGAAUUACUUGAGUUUGAUGGAUUGCGUUGCAGCGGCCCCCCUUUCAGGCCCAUUAAUCUGAGUGUUGUUACUAAUGGAGACAGUCACUGCGUAACGUACAGUGGCCUGGUUAGGGAGCAUCAUCCACUGCUGCCAUCAGGGCUCAGUCUGAUUGUGGUACCGUUGGGUUCUGUGCUGAUUUGGGGUUUUAAAAUAUCAAAAAUAAUGAAAAAGUCAAAGUUUUGUUGUAGUUUGUAAUGAAAUUUGGUUCUAUUUGGCAAAGCAGAGGCUGCAAACAAAUGUUAUGUUCAUGGAAAAUUAAAUCUGCUGUGAAAUUAGAUUUUACACUAAAGAUUUUUGGCCAUUUUGUAAGGAAAAGGGUGAAACGGAGGCAAACAUCAGCUGGUGUUGAAGCCAAUCUGUGUUUAAACAGAUGUCAUUAGAGACACCAGUGGGAGUUUGCAUUACUGAUGUAAGGUCACUCUCCACUCCUGUGUGACCCCGUUUAUCCCCUCAGCAUUUGGUCCAGUCCACACAACUGGGGUGAACUCUGAAACCCUGCAAACUCCAGCUGUCGCGGGCAGCUGGUCUAAUGACAGACAAAUGAAAACAAGCCUCUACAGUGAGGAAACUAAACUCUGUGUGGAGAUGCUUUCCUGGCCACAGCCUGCCAGCUGUGAACAAGAUAUUUGAAGAGGUAAAAGUACCUUUCC